UCUGUGCAGCAGGUCCCUGGAAGCAGCCAAACUGUCAGACACUGUUGCUAGCACACGCUCGCUCGUGGCUCGCCUCGCUCCCCAUUUCCUGCCUAGCUUGGAGAAGAAGGAGGAGAAGAACUGGAAGGAAUGAAGUGAAGCUUAGAGAUAGAAGUUUUUUUCUUCAAUGAUGCGAAGGGACCGUCUUGUCAUAGCUGCCACGCUCACGGCCAUCUUCUCAGCUGACCUCUACUUUGUCUUGAUUCCAAAACUGCGCACUUUCAGUCACGGUUCUGGACAAUCGUGCUCGUGCCAGCAUAGUAACGUGUCUCUGCCAGGCCAACAAGGACUGGCACUGCCUAUGCUUUCCAACUGGACCUCUUCACUACCAUUAGACAGUACGACAAAUAAAGAGGAGGAAGAUGUGGGGUCCAAACUGGAGAGGCUGUUCGCUCAUCCGCUGUACAACAUCCAGGCACCUGCGCUAGAAACAGGAGAGAAGCUACUGGAAGUGGAACAGCUCAUGGACUACUACCAGAAGAAGGUGUCCAGAUGGGAAAGGCAUAUGAAAAUCUACAGUGAGGCUGCAGCCAUUGUAAAUGUCUCAGUGACUACACAUGAGGUGACCUUUGACCCUGAGGCCAGCUGGGUCAAAUUUCACCUCGGAAUUAACCGCUACGCCUUGUACUCCAGAGACGACCCCUCAAUACCACAGCUCCUCCAAGACAUGAAAUCAAUGAAGGUGAUCAAUGCAGAUUACACUCAAGACGAGAAAGCUUUGAAAGGAGCCUGUGACUGUACACAAGUGGUGAAGCCCAGUGGUCACCACCUGAAGCUGGCUUUGAAGAUGCACAACUUUGCCAAAGUCAUGUUCAAGCCAAUGAGGCAGCAGAGACAAGAGGAGACUCCUGAAGACUUCUUCUACUUUGUAGACUUUCAGAGACACAACGCAGAGAUCGCUGCCUUUCACCUGGACAGGGUCCUGGACUUUCGCAGAGUGCCCCCAGUGGUGGGCAGACUGGUGAAUGUCACAGGAGAGGUCCUCCAUGUGACCCAAAAUGAGGACCUUCGAACGGUGUUCUUCACCUCCCCUGCCAACAAUACAUGCUUCUUUGCUAAAUGCCUGUACGUGUGUAAGACGGAGUAUGCUGUGUGUGGGGGUCCUGAUCUACUGGAGGGGUCCCUGUCCGCCUACCUGCCUGGACUAAGCAUCGCACCACGUCUCUCCAUACCCAACCCCUGGAUACGCUCCUACACUUUCACCGGACAAGAGGAGUGGGAGGUGAAUCCAUUCUACUGCGACACUAUUAAGCAGAUGUACCCUUACAACACGGGGAACCGCCUCCUCAACAUCAUAGACAUGGCCAUCUUUGAUUUCCUCAUAGGAAACAUGGACAGACACCACUAUGAAAUCUUUACCAAAUUUGGAGAUGAAGGAUUCCUGCUUCACUUGGACAAUGCAAGAGGAUUUGGAAAACACUCUCACGAUGAAAUGUCCAUCCUGGCUCCGCUCACACAGUGCUGCAUGAUAAAGCGCUCCACCCUGGUCCGCCUGCAGCUCUUGUCGCGCCCUCAUUUCAGACUCAGUGACGUCAUGAGGGAAUCCCUGGAGAGAGACCCGCUGCGCCCCGUCCUGACCGACCCCCACCUGCUGGCUCUAGACCGCCGCCUCCACAAAGUGCUGAGAGCUGUGCAGCGCUGUGUCCGGAGGCUGGGAGACGACCAGGUCAUCACCACGGACUUCAUCAAAUCCACAAUCAGACCCCACACAGCCCCGCAGACCACCACACAGAUCAAACCAGCCAGGUAACGAAGACUAGAAGGGCCAAGGAAACGUCGCCCUGUGAGCAAACGAGUCCCAUGUGGUUUGGGUUUAAUGAACGAGCCGUAAAAGGGAAGAGACUGGAGACUGUGAAGCACUUACACGGCCCAUGCAGACAGCCUCAUUUUAAUGUGGCCACAUAAUUCCCCAAGAGUGCGCUGUGUAGUAGUUGUCUCACUUUUCAUGUGCGCAUUGAAGAGGGUAGAAGUCAUAACAAAGCUGGAUUCAUGAAUUCGUGUCAAGGCAGUAAAAUACAAAAAAAGGCUCUAAACCUCUGUCAUUUUCAGAGUGGUGAAGAACGGAGGAUAAUCUACUUGAGGGAUAAAUACAUGUUCAUAAAUGAUGAGUUUGACCUGUUGUUUUUAGAGUGAUUUUCGUUAAUAUCAAACAACACCGUGUAACUUUUAGGUUGUGGCACGUCACCUCCAAGAUCCCAUAGAAAUACAAAGUUAAAACCAUAAUUUGGCAUAAAACGUAUCUAUCUCCAUAAAGAAUGUUCCAUCCUGUGGAAUAUUAUUGUCAAAAGCAACAUUUCUAUAAAGGCCCUCCUCCAGGCCAGAUUUUGUGAAGAUGCAAGCCCACUCUCAUUAAGGACUAAAAAAGUUACACGGUGGGGUUUUCAAACUAAAUAAUUUUGUUCCUUCUGUCCCAUUGUUGCAAAAAAAAAAAAGUAUUAUUGUUUUUUUCACACACCUGACAAAAACUUGGACAAUGAGACAAAGAUGAGAUGCAAAAAAUCAGAGAAAGGAGAGUUGUAUAUGCACUGGAUUUGAAGAUCAAGCUGCUGGAAAUUAAUAACUGUAGCCUCAAGGAAAAGUUCUAAGAGCAAAACAGUAAUAAAAGUCUUAUUUUGUGGG